GUUCUAGGGGCAGUGUUUGCGUUUCGCACUUUGCUUUCUCUAGCUAGAAGAGACGUCAAUGGCCUUGAUGUCCAAAAUUGAGGAAGGGCCCGCUCUGCCGCUCUGCGGCUCCCCUGUCACUCCACUUUCGAGCAACAACGUCCCCUUGAACGUCCGGAUCGGGCGUCUUUCUGGAUCAUCGAGAACUGCAUUUGUGAGCAUGCAUUUGGGUGCAUGGCUUCUAGUCACAUUGGGUUCGGCUGUGCAGGCCACGGCUUUACAAAGAGAUGGGAAACUUCAGGCGAGGGAAAAUGAGAACGUACACAUCACGACCGGUGAACCAGCGACAGAUCGGACCAUCUUCGUUGUGCUGUCGUUACUCUUUACCGUAAUACUGUCGUUCCUUCUUGGAUCUCGGAUACAUCGACUGAAACGAACCAUCCGUUCGCGACGAAACCUUACAGGGUUGUUUCUGCUGGGUACAUACAUUGUUGUUAUAUGCUACAUUGUCGUAGCAGCAGCACUAGUCGCAGGACAAGGGCUCUACACGUAUGAGCUCUGUUCAGCUGGCACUUGGGUAUGCCUGAUGUUCUACAUCACGGCUAAAGGCUUCGUCUAUCUCUUCCUCUGCGAGCGCGUCCACAUUGUCCGAGCACCCUUUGUAUGCCGCAGCAAGGACAAGAUAUACCUGGCUUGUGUCAUCCCCGCGAUGAUGGUAUUCUCGGCUAUCUCCAUCAACUGUCUCUUCCAGCGCAUCACCACCAUGUACGACUCAGACGGUCGCUGCCACUUCGGCAUCGGUAUCACCGCCUCGAUCCCCGGGUCCGUCAUCAACUUCGUCACCAACUUCUUCCUCACCGGCGUCUUCAUCUACCUGCUACGACCCAUCGUCAAAACGAGUGGAGGGGGCUCCAUUUCAGCAGCACUCUCGCAUGACAGCAAGAAGAACCAGCCAGUGAUCCACGACGAGUCGGCCGUACAGAAGAAUAUCAGGAGUCUGUUGUGGAAGAGCAUUCUGGGCGCAGUACUGACUGAGAUCCCUGUUGUGGCAAACAUGAUUCAGUUCAUCAUCACGGGUGGUGCAGAGCUGGGCAUGAUGUGUCUUACCUUCUGCAUGAUCGAUGUCUUCUGGGACUGUCUUGUACUACACUGGCUGACGUUCAGUACGUCUUCGGCGGCCGAGAAGGAUUUGAUGCGCUCUACGACGCACGCGAGUUCGCAGUUUGGGCUCGCGGCAGAUCGGCGAGAGGAGAGUGUGCCGCCGUCGAGAAGUUGUAGUCAGAGGGAACUUUUGGGAGUGCAGAGGCCCAAUGCGUCAGAGUCUGCGUUUGUGGCUGCGCCGGACCUCGAAGUCGCUGUGCAGACGAAAGUUCCAUAGUCAUUGCUACGACAUAGCAUCGUACAAAUUCAAAGGCCAGCACCGAAGUGACAACUCUCCCGCGUGAAUCCCCUUCUACCACCUUGAUUUCGUCUGCUUGAAGUUUGUCUACCGAAUGGCCUUCACGACCUCGGGUGGCAAUGACGUGCAUCAAGCACGUGACCUCG